GUCACCGCGCGGCGACGACAACAGCUUGGCCUUGCUGUGCUUUGGCUUUGCGUUGGGGUCGUGUUAAGAAGAAGAAGAAUGGUCGCCACUUGACUAUUGAAGAGAAAUAAUUGUCAAUGACGAGCGUGAAGGCAGCGUGAGCUUCGAAGCCAUGGACGACUUUCUGUCUACUUGCCACCAAGCUGUCCAGGCGGACGCUUCGCUCCCGUCGGGACGGCUCUUCCACGUGGUUCUGGGCAACGAGGCCUGCGACCUGGACUCCAUGGUGUGCGCGCUGGCGUACGCCUACUUCCUGUCCAAGACGCCGGGCGACGAGGCGACCCUCAGCGUGCCGCUGCUCAACAUCCGGCGUUCGGAGCUGCCCCUGCGUUCCGACAACUUGUUCCUGCUGCGCCAGGCCGGCCUGUCGCCCGACGUCCUGCUCUUCCGGGACCAGGUGGACUUGGCGGCGCUGCGGCGGACGGGUCGCCUCCGCCUCACGCUGGUGGACCACAAUGUCCUUCCCAGUUGGGACGCCGAGCUGGAGGGAGCGGUGGUGGAGGUGAUCGACCAUCACGCGCUGGAGAGAGAGCCCGCGCCUUCGUGCCCCGUGACGGUGGAGACGGUGGGCUCCUGCGCCACUUUGGUGACGGAGCGCCUCCUGCAGAAGGCGCCGGACGUGGUGGACGCGCAAUUGGCUCAGCUCCUCUACGCGACCAUCUUGAUCGACUGCGUCAACAUGGCGCCCGCGGCGGGCAAGGCGACGCCUAAAGACAGCCGCUGCGCCGCCGCCCUGGAGGAGCGCUUCCCCUCGCUUCCGCCGCGCGACGCUCUCUUCCGGGCGCUGCGCGACGCCAAGUUUGACGUAUCAGGCCUUAGCACGGAACAGAUGUUGUUGAAAGACAUGAAGACUCUCGGGGGAAGCGUCUCCAUCGCUGUUUCUGUCAUCUACCUGUCCAUGGAGGCCUUCAUGCAGCGGGCGGAGCUGGAGGCGGAACUUUCCGCCUUCUGCGCCGAGCGGACUUUGGAUCUCCUGGUGCUGAUGAGCAUCCGCUUCACGGAGGCCGAGGAACCCGUCAGAGAGCUGGCAGUCUUCGGUCUCGGCAUCCCCUGCAGGGAACAGGUCAGCCGCUUCCUGGAGCGGGCCGGAAACCCCGCCUUGGACCUGCGUCCCAUCAGUAGCCCCCAUCCUCACGUGGUGGCCUAUAACCAAGGAAACGCCUGGGCGUCGCGGAAGAAGGUCCUGCCGCUACUCAAAGACUUCGUGAGGCGGUGCGACGGCGAGGACGACGGGGAGGAGGGAUCGCGGGUGCCGCCCACGCCCACCAACAGCCUGGUGGAGGGCUGCCCCCUGGACGCCGGCAUCAGCGCGCACGCUCUGCACGAUAAAUUGGGUCGGACGGAUGCCCGUUGAAGCGCGGCCUAAACUGGAAAAAUUAAAUGUGGGGGGAAAAAAAUGCCUGGCUGGCGUCGUCUUUCUUUAGGACCCUUGAAAUGUGGGCGACCAAUAGCGAGGUGUCAGCGCGCUAAUUCUUAGUACUCUCAGAUAUUGACAUUUUAGAGCCGUAUCGGUACUAAUACCAGAAUCGCCGCAACACUGAUAAUAGCGAGAAAAUGACAUUUCUGGAGAAAUUUUAUGGUAGCUUUGCUGUGUUGGUUGGCAUACCAGGUCACGUCUUGUUGAUUGAUUACAUGCAGAGCUACCGUCAAUGAAGACGAAAGUGGUUGUUUGUAGCCUUUCGUCAGUUCUUUGGUUUUAGACCUAGUCAAGCAAAUAAAAGUGGCGUUCAAGCUCCCGUGCACUAGAUGACAGACGCCUUGCGUAUUUUGGCACCAAAAGCCAAUCUGAGGCCAAAUUGGGAAAAACGGAGUAUCAGGCGGAGGGCCUCUUUGAGCCGUCGGGAAAGACGGCGACGAGCGUUUCCUCUCGUGGGACGUCGGCCUUCGGCCCGGGAGCCCUUCCGUCAGGGUCCCUCCCGGGCGGCGCGGCGGGGCGACGCCGGAAGCAGGCGGCCAGCUCGGCCCUGAAGGAAGGCGUGUAGAAGCCGUAGAUGAGCGGGUCGCAGCAGGUGUUGAGGUUGCCGAAGAGGAAGAGGCCGUGGUGGACGUAUUCGGGGGUGAAGCCCACCACCUCUGGCCGGAACCAGUACCACACCCCCAGCAGGUAGUACGGCGUCCAGCACGCCACGAAGGACAGCACGAUCAUCACGGUCAUCUUUAGCGUCUUCAUCCUGGCUCUGGAGAGGCCGUCCGUGCCGCUGCGACGCAGUUGGCCUGAGGAAACGCGGACAUCCGUAGUCUAGGAGUUCUAGGAUUUUCCGGUGUGCGCGUGCGUGCCGUGCGCUUACCUUUGGUCUUGAGGUGCGUGUUUUUGAUGUGAAGCAUGAUGUGGCCGUAGCAGCAGCUCAUGACCAGCAGGGGGACGAAGUACAAAGUGCCAAAGUAGAACAUGUUGUAGAGCGUGGCCUGCCAGCGUGCGCCGAAAGCGCCAUGCGUCGCGCACUGAACGAAGUCCGCGCCCGCGUUCACCGCGCCGAACACAAACAGCUGGAAGAAGGAGCGCCGCAUCUGCUUGAAAACCAACCGUGAAGCCGGACGCCCCGAUCGGAAAACGCCUGAAGGCAAUAGGUACGGUUCUCGCGCACACCGUAUAAUUGUUUGCAUUAGUCUAACACAUUCAUCUAACUAUAGUUUAGGCCAGGGGUGGGCAAACUAUUCCACAAAGGGCCGCAGUGGGUGCGGGUUUUUGUUCAUACCCAUCAUGAGGACAGCCUUUCACCAACCUGGUUUCUUACAAGUGCAAUCAGUUGAUUGCAGUCAGGUGCUUCUUGGUUCCACUGAAACCUCAUUGGUUAAACUGUCUGUGCUGAAUCAGUUGGAACAAAGACCGCGGCCUUCGAGGACCGGUUUGCCCACCCCUGGUUUAGGUAGACCUCACUCCAUGCCCUUGGACACAGUAAAGUGAAUCACCUUAUCGGGGCUCAUGAGGGGGAAAUGAAAAAAAGGGUACCGUUUCUCGUAGGCACCGUCUGCUUGCAUUACUCUAACACACGAUAUACAAUCAAUCAGGGAAUAGUAUCAUUUCUCAUAUGUGCUGUAGGAUUGUUUGUACUACUUUAAAACACCUAAAUAAAUAGCACACCAUAGUUUAAUGAAAAGAAGCAGAAGCCCAACGUGUGCGUCACGAGCAAGAUUGACGCACCGACUAUCGCAAUCACUUCUGGCCACUCCAAGGACAAAGAGCAGGGCGCUCUAUCCUAAAACAAGUAGCGUCUCGACCAGCCAGGAUGACAAAGUUGAUAGCAGGCGCUUGGGACUUCAAGACUGGCGUCGGUCGCGUUGGGAACCACGUCCCAGCCACGAAGGACGACGCACGAACCUAACCGCCCAAAACAACACCCAGCCACAUCUUCGGCCCAGCCUACUCCACCGUAGCCUUCAAAAACACUGGACACAGAGAUGAACGCUUCACUGCUCGGAAACAUUUUCUAUGUAGCCUUGUUUUGGAUCCAGCAUUGUCCGUCCGUCAUCUGUUUUUGCAUUAAAAAAAAAUUUUUUUUGGGACCAUUGUUGACGAAUAAAUUGUCAACCUGUUUUCGGUGAGCCUUCUUCAAACUUUUGGAACAUGGAGUCAGUACAAAGGGUUAACGCAGGGAGUGAACGCACGGAAUGUCGGCCCUCCCGUUUGACUCGCGGAAGCGGUAAGCAGUGGAGCACCAUUUCCGUUCG